AUGACGGAAACACAACAAUCAGUUAUUUUUGAGAGCAGACAGACACAAAGUAUCAACUUUUCAUCAUCACAUCUUAUUGCAGAACUCUUUAAAGCAUCAAUCGGUCCAUAUGGAUCAACAAAAUUGCUUGAAAUGGAUAAUGGACCAUUAACGUUAACGAAAGAUGGUGGUGUUCUUCUUCAAAGACUUACAUUUAUUCAUCCAACAGCAAUUUUUAUUGUUCGCGCAGCUAUGGCACAAGAAAAAAUGUAUCAUGAUGGUGUAAAUAAGCUCAUUACGUUAAUUGACGCAAUACUUAAAGAAUCAGAGUAUGCCAUAUCAGAUGGCGUUCAUCCUCGUAAGAUAGUUAGAGGAUUACAAGAAGCCCGUGAUAUUGCAAUGAAACAUCUCGAGGAAAUAGCAAUCAACUUGAACCCAACACAUUCGAUGCUCCGCGAUAUUGCAAGGACAGCAGCCAAAACGAAAUACCCAAAAGACAUUUCAGAUACGAUUGUCGAUGCAAUUCAGUGUAUUAAGGUCGAUAACGAGCCGAUUGAUCUCGAUCGUGUUGAAAUUCUUCGAAUCAAGAAUACUAUGCAAGGAAUCCGCCUAGUCAAAGGUGUUGUUGUUGAUCAAGGCUUUAGAAAUGAUAUGAUGCCAAAGAAAAUGAAAGAUGUUCGCAUUCUUGCAAUGAACAUCAGCUUAGAACUUGAGCCAAGUUCAUAUGCAACAUACGCUCCCGUUGCAAAUGCCGAUCAAAAAGAAAGAUUAAUGAUUGCAGAGCGCAGAUUCGUUGAUGACAAAGUUAAAGCGAUCAUUGCACUCAAAGAUGCCUGUAACUGUGAUUUCCUUGUAGUUAAUGGCAAAGGAAUCGAUUCUCCUUCAUUAGAUAUUUUCUCUCGCGCAGGAAUCUCCGCUCUUCGUCGUGUAUCCGCCAAAAACAUCAACAGAUUCAUCCACGCAUGCGGAUGCCAUGUAGUCAACUGCGUAGACGAUCUUUCCCCUCAAUGCCUCGGUUUUGCAGGAAAAGUGACAGAAGAAAGUUACAAAGGUCAAAAAUACGUUUAUGUCGAUGAAGUCAAAGAUCCGAAGGCCGUCACCAUUGUCGUCAACGGCGUUAAUGACCAAGUCGCAGGCCUGAUUACUGAUGGAGUUAAAGACAGUUUGUGGGCAUUGAAACAAGCGAUUGAUGAUGGAAAAGUUUUGCCAGGAGCUGCUUGUGCUGAAGUUUCCGUCUCCACGAAAAUCAAUGAGGAGAUGAAGAAGAUGAAUGCAGAACUAAGAAUUGGUUCUGCUGUUUUCAGUAGAGCACUUAUUGAAAUCGCAAGAACACUGGCGAAAAACUGUGGACAUGAUCCAAGUGAAGUUGUUCCUGAACUCCAAAACGCUUUGGAAAGUGGAGAACAGAGUGGAAUUGAUGCUGAUACAGGAGAAAUAAUAGAUCCGGCUGAUUUCGGUUUAUACGACAGUUAUAGUGCAACAAGAGCUUUUAUACAAAGUGCUCCUUUAGUUGCUACUCAGUUGUUACUUGUUGAUCAGAUAAUUGAGUCAAAAACAAGAAGAGAAAGUCCAAAGGAUAAGAAACAAAAUGAUAAAGAAUAG